CAAAGAAAUUCGAAAUAGCAAAACAUGUUCGUGUCACUUUAUUUUGUCUUUUUGGCCAAGUGUCUUGCAAAUAUGCAGUAAAUUGCAAUGCUGACCAGAUGCAGCCAUGUCAAGUGGCUUUCCGCCGCCUUUGGCUGUCCACCAUGUCGAGCUGCCCACUCAGCAGCGGCGCCUGCGUCAUUUGACCAACAUAUCAGCACGGAACCUCAACAUUAAUGGUUGCGGCCAUGCCCUGCUUGAUUCCCACUUCUCAUUGUACUUGUCGACGACAUUGGACACAGCUAUCUAUACUAGCGAAACAGUGUACAAUUCACUGCACCCUGAAUGGAGUGGAUUUGACCCGCAUACGUUUGACGUCAAACCAUUCAGUCACUCUAUUGUGGUGAAAGUAUGGUGUGGCUUGGCGGGUCAGGAGCGUCGUGUUGCUCUCGAGUGGCAUGUUGACCUUGAUGCACUGGAGUGUAUUGGACCACAGUCAUGUGACAGCAGGGCAUGGCCACCAAACACACUUCUAUUUUCCAUGCUAAAUGCUUUCUACAAGGCACCGCUUCUUGAUAACACCUCCGAAACUGUCCUGGUUAGAUCUUUGAAAGUUCCAAGUUUAUCUGUUGAGAAGUCUCAGGUUCUAGAGACCUACUCUAUGGACAUGCUAAUGCGAUUUCAUCGCCAACAUCGUCACCUUGCUAACUGCAAUCACUGUGUUGAACAAUGUAUGAAUGAUGUUGCCAAGUUCUACUCGGAAAACAGAGAACGGCAACAACUGAAUGCACAGCUUGAAGCUGUAAAGCUGAGGGUUAUUACCCUGCAGCGGGAACUGGAGAGACAACAGCAUUGUUUCGGGGAAGAACAAGAAAAGCUACGGAGCCGAAAAGAAGCGCUGCUUGCUAAAACUCGCAAGAAAGAAUCUGAUGCGGUGGUGUUUCACAGCAACCGUGCUGAACUGCUAGAAGGGGUGGAGCGCCUGUCCGAUCGCAGAAAAAUGUGCCGGGAAUCAGUCCGAAGCCUCAAGCUCGCUCGUGCAUGGAUUGCGUCAGACCUUCUUAACAUCCUUCCCAUUGUGCAGGUGUCUGAGACUGAGUAUACAAUAUGGGCUGUCAAGCUUCCACCAUCAGAAUCAAUGCAAGGAUGCAGUGCGAAUGACCUUGCCGUCAGUUGUGGAUUUGUUGCGCACGCUCUCCUUUCUCUCAGUCACAUUCUACAAGUACCACUCAGGCACGCAAUCAUCUUUAGCGGCUCUCAGUCGAGAAUCCGUGAUGACGUACCAGCCAAGUUAAGCAACAGCGAGCGAGAGCUACGUCUGUAUCCGCAAGAUCGAGUUGAACGUGAUGAUUAUUUCAAGGUGGCCAUGUACUUACUCAAUGCUAACAUAGUACAGUUGAGGCAACAAAUUCGUCUGAGUACAUCUGAUGCACGUCGCACACUGCACAACCUGAAGGGUGUGCUUGACAAACUCGCUAUCAGGUGCAGUCGUGCUGAAGCCUCACUGAACAUCACCAAAUCGGACAGCAUGCCAACUUGCACAUUCCGCCGACCUCUUCUGCACAUGCGAUCACGAUCACACAGUAGGCUUGCUAAGGAGAGUGCAGGCAAUGAUAGCCAUGCAACUACUGCUGCUACUCCCGGCAUCAGCAGCAGCUCAACCAGUCCUGCUGCAAGUGACAGCUCUAGUGCGCAGAAUGGGCAGCACCGGCCGCUUACCUGGAACAAUGGAGUCAUGCCUGUCAUAGCCAACAGCGGCAGCAGUGGCAAUACAUGUACUGUCUAUGAUGUCGGUAGUGAUGUGUGUAGUAACGGUGUAUGCAAUGAAGCUGGUCACACUAGCUUGACCGGCAACACUGCAGCAGCAGCAGACAUGGACUAUGAUGAGCAGUGCACUGCGACUAGCCUGUCUGUGAAUGCUGAUCAUAAUCACAGUACUGCCAGGGCCGACUCAGGUCCCAAACACGCUGGUGAUGAUGAUGUUGAUGGUGAUGUUGAUGGUGAUGUUGAUGAUGAGCAGCCUAGUGAUCAGGCUGCACAGAUAAGUUCCCAGCAACAGCAGCAGCAGCAGCAAGAGCGGCCAGUGCGCAAAGAGAUAGUGCCGUACAUGCUUUAGGCAUACUGGGCCUUGAGCAAUAGCUACUCUCAUCCUACUAUAAUAUAUACUUUAUUUUUUUAAGCAAAGACCAUUGAAGGCAAUUUUAAGUUGAUGUGGAUACUACUGCUCUUGAGUCAUCAAACUAAGCCUAUUACCUUUUUAACCCAAUCUCUGCCUGAGGACUUACUCCAAGCCACCAACCUGCCCCCACCAUUCGCAUCGAACAGUUUUAUUUUUACUCCCUUUCCUAUGAGUGCUAUCCUGAAUCUCCUCAGCUCUAUAGCUGUUCUGCCUUUGCUAUCCUGCGCCGCCGCCGCUGCCUGCCUGGGUCCGCAUCGCUGGGCUCCGCUACUUCAGUUUCCAAUGGCCUGGAUGACUAUGUUCCGCCAUUCAUCACAAACUCCCCUUUAUCACGUUUUUCACUGCGUCCUGCUCUCUGUUAUUCCCCCACACAACGCCGUGAUCACAGUAGUCUGAGGAUGGUGCAGCAUUACGCAAGCUGACGAUAGUAAGGGAUAAGGGAGUAGAGAAGGGAGACAUUCCCACAUUUCACAUUCUAAGCUUGUGGAUUGCCAUGAAUUACUUGAGCUUGUUUCACAUUGUUCAUGUUGCUGCAUUGUAGAAAGUGCUGCCCUAGGCCCUGCAAUGCUUGCUUUGGUCAUAUUCACUAGUAACAAGCUGUGAUGAUUUUCUUGCCUUCAACUGACUUAUUUGAUUUGAAUACUCUCAACUUUUGACAUUGGCAUGCUUGCAUUAUUGAAGCUGUGUGUGAUGUCAUGUGUGAUGUUAUUUUAUCUGGACAGUACGGCAGUAGUGCUGUCACUGCUCUGU